AUGUCUCGUCUUAUUUACAGCCUUAAUAGAUAUCGAGGAAAGAAUAACUUUCCACACCAGACAGUACGAGGACAGACCUACGCACUAAGCAACACGAAAGUGGCUCAAAAAGGGAAAUUCGAGACAGAUGAUGUUAAACUAUCAGAUUGUACCUUGAUGGCGUUGAGAUAUCAUGAGAUAAUCGCUAUUCUGUCCGGCGUCACUUUAUUAGCAAAUUGUUGUGGAAAAAGAGUAGAGUACAAAGGAAGCUCCUAUGCAGAUUGGCUUCGGGAUUGUAAAUCAGGCAAGGCAAGACGAUCAAUUGGCUCCGUGAUGCAUUAUAAAAUUGCAAUUCGUGAGGCUUCAAACAAACAAAAAACAAGAGACUGUAAAGGGAAGUUAAGGCAAAUUGAAAGGACAAUAAUCAAGCCGAAAAAUGGAGCAAGAAAUCACCAGAAGGAAUUUGAGGAUUUGAUUGUUGAGAAUAGUCAAGAUACUCAUUCAGACUUUGAUAUCAAGGAUGAACCUGGAGUGGACUCUGGUUUAGAAGGAGAUAAUGAAGAGCUGGAUGGUAUGGGACUGGAUGACUUGCUGGAUGAUCUGCUUCCAAAUGAAGUGACAAUUCCAACGAAGUCUCUGAAUGUCCAGCAAAACUUAAACACCAUGGCUGAAUUUCUUAUGAAAAAUGAUGAAGAUGUUGCAAGCAAUGUCGAUUUCCCGGACUUUACGAUCUGCUUCAAUGGGGAGCAAAAAUGUAACCCCUAG